AUGGUCAAUAAAACAUUCGAGUCACUUCACUACAAUCCCGACCAACCAUGUGCAAGCUACCUAAAAACAGACAAGGAGAAAACAUUGAAGUACGGAUUGGCCAUGUGCAAACAGGCUGCAAUACUUGCCAGUGAAGAACAAUUGGCAGAAAACGCUAGGAAAAAGCGUAAGCUCCAACACAAGGUUGAUUCAGACGUGACUAUGACUGAUUCUAGUCCGUCUGACAUGGCGAAAACCAUUCGUGAAGAAGUGGAGAACGCCUUGGAAAAAGUCCUCCCUAAAAAUAUGAAACAAAUCACAGGUACUUCAAUGAUUCCCUCCCGAGAGACAUUGCUAAUACCAAAUAGUGGCCAAACCCCGCGAGGGCCCCAAACUGAAAACUCAGAGUCACAAGAAACCAGUGCGGAAGUAACCAAACUAUUAGAUGUAGCACACGGGACUAGUUUCAAUCCAAAGUGUUUUUCUUCAUACUCAGAAGCAUUCUUCACAAGUUCAGAUCAUGUAAAAACACGAUUCAGUAUACUCACAGGAACCACACUAUUUGUUGAUAGCCUUAGGGCUCAACAGAUUUGUGUUUUCAUGGUUCCAGGUGUAAAAUUACCUCGUAGGUUUAUGCAAAUGCUGAGUUUAAAUGGAAAUUUUAUUUUACACAUGCAAAUGAAUCCUAAAUUUGUUGAAAAUGCAAUGACACAACUGUAUUGCUCGAUAAGAAUCAGAUGGCUCUUUCGAGAUAAGUCAGACAAUCCAUACUACAUACCAAAAUUUCAUGUUAAAACCCCAGGAUGGGAACCCCCACGAGCCAAUUCAAGGAUAGAGAAAGCAAUUGAUGCUGUUAAAGAGUCAUUCCGCAAGCAAACUCCGCAACUGCCACAAUCAGCACAUCUCAGAAAUCCAGAGAUUAAAAGUCUCUGGGAUUUUUUACGAGAUGAAUCAUACCUCGUUAAAAUAACCAUUAAGAAUCUAGGCCUGGCCGUGGUCACAAAAUCUUGGUAUUGUAAUGAAAUAACAACCCAUCUAUCUAAUACCAAUGCAUAUCAGUUGUUAGUGGGCCUUGUUCCUCUCCAUGACAUUAAUAUGAAAUUCAAAUCAAUCCUCAGAAACCAUGUUUUUUCCACUGUGAUUAGAAAAUAUCUCAAUGAAACGACCACUGAAUUACCGCGAUUCCACGUUAUUCCUAAUAUACAUAAGAUACCGUGUUCUUCGAGACCGAUAAUUUAA